AUGGAAAGAGGCACUUAUAUUAAGGACUACCUCUUUGUCGACGACUUGAAGUGGAAGACCUUCUCCGGGGUUGAUUUGUCCAAGUGGUUGCCAGAUGAUGCACUUCCGGCGAUUUUCGCCUCGGACUUGAUUGCUGGAGAAAAGUCGAUCGCCUGGGGCAAUAUCGAAGCACGGAAGCAGAUCGAGGAGAUGUUGCAGUUGGCAAUGGAAAGGAAUGUGCGACAUUGGGUAGAGGAAAUGCCAAUGGGUGAUGCCAAUCAGGUUAUUUCGCAUUUGGAGUAUGAUUUACCUGGACAUCGCUAA